UUAGUGUAUGGCAUUGACUCAUACAAUGGCGGCCGGCAUCCAGAAGCUCAACGAAUAACCUACAACUCUCGGAUGAACUAUCUCACCGUUUAUAUUAAUUUAUGCUUUACAAUUACUGCUUAUCUUGCUUCCAAAUGGAAAGCCAAAUGCCGUUUGUGCCGCCCUUUUAAAUAUUUCAUCAGAUAGUGACAACUGUGUGGGAAUAUUUCGGAAAUAUUUUCCGAAAUAUCAUCAUUUAUAACCCUAGAGAGAAGUAAAUUGUUGGAAAAAAUGUCCAAGGAUGAUUAUAUUUUAGGACUAUGGGGAAUCGUAAUGCAUCUCACAAUCCUUUGGGGUGUCCUAGACGUCAAUUUCCAUUCUCCCAUAAUCAGAGAUUUGAGUCCAGUGCCACCAGUUGAAGGGCCUCCAGCAAAACGUUUAUUCUUAUUCAUUGCCGAUGGACUCAGGUACAGAACCUUUGCGGAGUCCACGCCCUUCUUCCUCGGAAAUAUCAAAAGGAAUGAAGGAGUUUGGGGGAUUUCACAUACUCGAGUUCCAACAGAAUCACGUCCUGGAAACGUUGCUAUCAUGGCUGGAGUCUAUGAGGAUCCCAGUGCACUUUUCAAAGGGUGGAAAGAAAAUCCUGUAGAUUUUGACUCGACAUUCAAUAGGAGUACGGAGAGUUGGGCCUGGGGGAGUCCUGAUAUAGUGCCUAUGUUUGUAAAAGGUAGUCAUGGAAAUAUUCACGGAGCAACUUAUCCUCAUGACUGGCAAGAUUUUGAUAAAGAAUCAAACUCCCCCCGACAAUUAGACGAGUGGGUUUUCAAUAAAUACAAGAGUUGGCUCAAAAAUGAUGCCGAAAACGUUCGUAAUCAAAGUGGAAUUAUCGUGUUCUUUCAUUUAUUGGGAUGUGACACUGCUGGACAUGGAAGUAAACCAGCAUCAAGAGAAUACCAAUCCCAAAUGCAAUUUGUUGACACUGAGAUUGCAGAGGUAAUGAAACAAACUGAGGCCUUCUUCGGGGAUAAAUUAACUUCCUAUAUUUUUACCGCUGAUCAUGGUAUGACUGAUUGGGGAUCACAUGGUGAUGGAUCCCCAGAUGAAACUGAAACACCAUUCGUUGCCUGGGGCGCAGGGAUUGAUCAGAUGAAUUUACGACAAGACAUCAACCAAGCUGACAUUGCCCCCUUAAUUUCCACUCUACUUGGUAUCUCCAUUCCUACUAAUAGUGAGGGAUUGUUACCAAGAUCUUUCUUGAAGAAAUCCAACGAGCAAUUCGGCCUAAUCGCAGUAUUGAAUAAUAUUAAGCAAUUAAUUAUCCAAAUAAAAGCUACACGAAUAUUUACGAUAGGUGACACACCCAGUCUCUCUGAAAAACGCGAACAGGAGCUGGCCGCAUCUGUUAAUCGUAUAGAGACUUUCCAGAGAGAAAAUAAAAUAACUGAAGCACUCAAGGAAGCGGACUCUGUAAUCGUACAGAGCAAAGAGACACUCUAUUAUUAUAGACGGCUCCAAAGAAAUCAGUUAAUAUUUUAUUUGACACUAUUGUGGAUCGGAUGGAUCGCACUUAUGAUUUUCAAAUUAUUUGGUACUCAACAUCAGCCAGUUAGGACUUCAAAUAACAACAAUUUGUAUCUCACAUUGCUGAACGCCGCAUUUUGUAUUGUGGUGAUUUUACUCAUAAUUGAACAUAAAGUUUCAGGGAGAGGUGAUUGGAGAGUACUUGGUUAUGGGACCAUCUCUUUCUUUUCUAUUUUUUUGGGCCUUCGGAAAGCUCUAUCUAAUUCCCUUCACUUCAGAACGACUAAAAAUGUUCAUUGGAAAAUAGCAACUGCCAGUAUGAUCUUGUUGAUAAUGAGUAUAUCAGCUGGGGUGAUUGAUAAACGCUUCUUUAGUAUAGCUAUGAUCAUCGCAGCCCUCAUGCAGUACAAACUAAUGCAAAAACCUCACAGAUUUCUGGUGCCUAGUGCUUUGUUGCUGGCAGUGUACCCACUUCUUCCAGCACCCAAGCCUAAUGUGGAUUUAAUUAUGAUAGUUGCAGCAUUUAUCAUAACUCCGUGGCUUCUCCCCAGGCCUUCCAGAGGUCUUAUAACUCUCGAGCUGGCUCGAGUUUUCCUAACAGGGCUCAUAAUGAGCGGAGUGAUCGACGGAAGAACCGGAGCCUCGUGGCUUAUUCUGAUUUCUAGUCCUUUGUCUAUUCUUCUUUAUCCAACCCAACCGGCAGAACUCAAACUGACAGGAGUCAUUUUCGCUCUGCUGUGUCCUCUAGCACUCUUAUCAGCUUCCUAUGAACCUCAAGUGUUCUGUCUUCUUGGUGUUCACUUGAUCUCACUACUAAAAACAAUCGAUAAUGCAAAUGAACAAUUGGACAUCAUGAAACCUAUAAAAACGAGUCUGGACCUCAAAGAUAUGAUAACAGCUGUCUACUUCAUGCUCUACAUUCUAUUGUCAUUCUUUGGAACUGGAAAUAUGGCCAGCAUCAGCUCAUUUGAUCCCAUGUGGACUCGCCACUUCAUUACGAUAUUUUCCCCUUUCACUAUGACUACUUUAAUUCUUCUGAAAUUAGGUAUUCCUUUGAUACUUAUAGGAUGUGCUAGUCAUUUUGUCAUCUCCUCAUCUACUUUUUUAGCUGUUCUACUUUUGGGCGAUUUAUUAUCACUACCUCUGAUGUUUAAUGUGAGCUCUCAAGGAAGUUGGCUCUAUAUUGGAACUACUAUCAGUCGUUAUAGUAUUUCUAUCACUUUACCUUGCCUUUUUAUCAUUCUUUAUUACAUUUCAAGUCCGUUGAUGUCAUUUAGGAUUACUAGACAUUCGAAAAUUCGGUUUGAGAAGGAUCAUUUAAUAUAACAAAAUUAGUACAAAUCGUACUAAGCAACAAUCCCGUAGCUCUAAGCGAGCUUUUUCAGUUCACAUAUUAUCAUUGACUAUAGUCAAUUUUUAUCAUACAAUUUUAUAGUUAUUGAUAACAAACAGGAUGCGAUAAAGAGAUUAG